CCGCAGAGCUCUGGGCGGCGGGUGGGACUCGGACGUCUGACAGAGUUGUUGUUCCGGCAGCGGCCGCGGAGACGUGAGUUUUGCCAGGUGGAUGUGGGAAGAGAAGUUUGCAGAACUGAAAUGGAGGUCAGAGCUUCAUUACAGAAGGUUAGUGGGUCAUCUGAUUCUGUGGCCACAGAGAACAGUGAAGAAUUUGUUUUGGUUCCUCAGCACACAGAUGAUACUUCUACAAAGGAUGAUGGAAAGCCGCAGCUGAAGAUAGCUUCCAAUGGUGAUGAACAGUUGGAAAAAGCCAUGGAAGAGAUUUUGAGAGAUUCUGAGAAAGGACAAAGUAGCCUACUUGUUGAUUGUCAGGGUUCCAAUGAUAUUUCAGACUACUCCUUUGGAGAUGUUCCAGCCAGCCAAACAAAUAAGCCAUCUCUUCAGUUAAUUUUGGAUCCAUCAAACACAGAAAUUUCCAAACCCAGACCGUCUUCUCCAAGUGGACUUUCUGAAGAAGACAGUGUUCUAUUUAACAAAUUGACUUACUUAGGAUGUAUGAAGGUUUCUUCCCCACGUAGUGAAGUAGAGGCUUUACGGGCAAUGGCAACCAUGAGAGCCUCCAGUCAGUACCCCUUUGCUGUUACACUGUAUGUGCCCAAUGUUCCAGAAGGUUCUGUGAGAAUUAUAGACCAGUCAAGCAGUGUGGAGAUAGCAUCCUUCCCAAUUUAUAAGGUGUUAUUCUGUGCACGUGGGCAUGAUGGGACAACAGAGAGCAAUUGCUUUGCAUUUACAGAGAGUUCUCAUGGUUCAGAAGAAUUUCAGAUACAUGUUUUCUCCUGUGAAAUUAAAGAGGCAGUUCCUGCAUGAUACCUGAAGGUUUUCUUACUAAAGGGAAGAAGAGGCUUCCUCAAACAGUAACAACAUGGUUGCUACCCUGUGAUGCUCUUAUUUCACCAUGAAUCUCCUCAGGCAGCAGAUGCCAACAGUGGAGAAGAGAAGCCUACUGAGGGUGAUGACUCUCUUGGACACUGUGCUAUCAGGAUACAUUUGACUUAUUGUCCUGGGUAGUCUUCUGUAGGACCCUAUUGGACUGGAUCUUCAUGAUAUUUGGCAAAAUAAUUUGACAGUCCAACCAAAUGUAUCUUAAUGUCUGUGAUCUUUGUACAGGGAGAAUGAUGCAAGGUUUCUGCUGAGGUACUGCAGACAAAUCAAAAUGUCAGAAGUAGUAAAAAAAGAUAAGGAGGUACUCAUGCUUCUUGUGUCUUUGUGGAUUUGCUACACAAAGCUUUAAAAAAAUACUUUAAAGGGCUUAGUUAAUGCUAAGAUACACUCCCUCUCUAUUUGUGAGUAUGUUAUAUGCACCUGUAAGUAUUCAUUUGUGUGUAUAUAUGAAGGUGUGCAUACACCUAUGGUUUCAGUUUUCCUAGUUCUAGGAUUUACAAGUAUCUAUGCCCAGCUGGAUAGUAAUUUAUUUUUUAAAACUUCAUUUUGGCAAUUCUUAAUGAUAAUGCAUUCAAGCAAGUUGUUAAAUUGAAAAAAAAUUGGAAAAAUCAUUUCUUUUCUUUUCUUUUUUAGAUAGGGUCUAUGUAGCCCAUAGAGA